AUGCCUCCCUCAAAACGCCAGCGCGGCGAAAAUGCCGUCCAAGAAGCGGGACCUCCAGCCAGCUCGACGCCCAAAUCCCCCGCACAAGAGGUCUAUGGCAUAUUGGAGAUCCGGAGGCGGAUCCUGAAGGAGCUGGACAGGAGGACAUUGGCGGUAAUGUUGAGGACCGAGAAGGCGAUUACGGCCAGCGUUGCAGAGGUGCUGUACAGGAAGAUUCAUAUAUCACUUGUUAGCAAGAUGAGCAAAGCGAGUGCAAGACGGACGGUCUACUGUCAAGCGGUCCGGAUCCUCGACGCAAGCCCUCGACCGGUCUUCGAGGCAACGGCGGUCAAACAUCGAUCACUGAAUGCCUCUCCGUCUCCCGUCCGAUUCGACCCGGAGAAGGUCUUCAAGCAGCUCUCAGGCUGGCGGAAGAAAUACCCUCAGCUCCUCCGGGUCGACUACCAUCAUCCUCCGAGCGAUGGGGACGAUGCGUAUACCGCGCAUCUUCGGGACGGCACGAUCCAUAUCGACCUGGAAAGGCGGGAGACAUGUCCCAUAUCCUUUGAAUCACCGGUCAUAUACCCAAUAGAUAACUUGUUACCCACAUUACCCUCUCACCCGCAACUCGUCAUCAAUCGCACGAUCGCGAUUCGCUUGGUGUGCGAUAUGGUUCCCGACACUCCGGAGAAGAUCACGGCGUGGAGGCGGGAACUCGCCAAGGUUACCGAUCAUCCUCGGGUGGUGUCCGUGAUUCUAAGUCCGUUGCACGGUCGCCAUCAUCUCGAGCGUUCAGAGGCCAUAGCUCUCGCGUGUAAACGCAAGUCUUCAUCGUCCUAUCCUAUCACAUCUUACCAAUUUCCUCCUGGCUUGCCCGAGACCUUCGCCGAACUCGCAGAGGCCAUCGGGCCAAGUCUGCGCACCCUAUACAUCCACGACUCCAACCUCACGUCCCUCGGUCCUCUCCCAGACGCCAUCGCAUUCCUCGAUCGGACAUUUCCUUCCCUCCAAUCCCUCUCUAUCCAAUUCUCGGACCGCGGCGGAUUCCGGUAUGAGCCCUCGGGCCUGCCCAAUCUCACUCGCCUAUACUACCACUGCGACCGGGACAACUUUAGCUAUCGCGAGGCGGCCUUUCUCGUACAUCAGCUCGGGAACGGCGAUACGGUCUUUCUCAAUCCGGGUCUGGCGGAUAGUAAAGAGAUGAAGAUGUUUCACGCGAAGGUCAAGCAGCUCAAGCAGUAG